AUGGAUAUUCUUUCUGAAGGAAAUGUCACAUUUGCCAUUACUCUUCUGAAAAAACUUUGUGAAGAAAAACCACGAAAUGUGGUGUUUUCUCCCCCAAGCAUCUCGUUUGCCCUGAACAUGAUCCUGUUGGGAACAAAGAGAGAAACGGCAGCACAGAUAGCACAGUUACUUUCUUUAAACAGAAGUAAAAAUACUUUCUGGGGAUUCAGGUCACUUCUUGCUGAAAUGAACAAGUCAUCCACCUGGUAUCUGAUUAAAACUACCAACAAGCUCUUUGGAGAAAACACUCUAAAUUUCCUCACAUCCUUUAGGGACUCCUGUUUCGAAUUCUGCAAUUCAGUGAUGGAAGAUGUUUGCUUUUCUCAGGAAACAGAGACUGUCAGGAAACACAUAAAUGCUUGGGUAGCAGAGAAGACUGAAGGUAAUAUUUCAGAGGCUCUACCUGAUGGUCUUGUUGAUCCACUUAGUCUGCUGGUCUUUGUGAAUGCCAUCAACUUUAAAGCAACCUGGGAGAGGGCAUUUGAUCCAAAACACACAGAUAUUGAUAUUUUAAAAGUCAAUCAGCAUGAGAGAACAACAUUGCAGAUUAUGAAGAACAAAGAGGAGUUUCUGACAUCUCCUUUAGAGGAACUGGGUGGACAGCUAUUCAUCUUUCCCUACCGUGGAAUGGAAUUAACCAUGAUCCUUGUCUUUACUUCUGAUAGUGAUCUAACUAAGUUGGAAAAAGGGCUUACCUAUGAAAGAUUUCUAACCUGGACAAAGCCAGAAGCAAUGGCCUUGAUGGAAAAUCAUGACAAGACAUUUUUACUCCCCAAAAUCAAGAUGGAAGAGACCUGUGACUUGGAGCAUGUCCUCUACAGUUUGGGAAUGUCAGAUGCAUUUGAUGAGCAAAAGGCUGACUUUUCUGGAAUGUUGAUGCUCAAACAUUUGUAUUUAUCCAAGGUUUUACAUACAUCUUGCCUGGAAAUCAACGAAGAGGGCAUCAAGGCAUCUGCUGCCACUAUAGCAGCAGAGAUACCAGCAGCUUCAAAGAGAGAUGAAGAACUAAAGGCUAAUGGUUUCUUUCUAUUUUUUAUCUGGAGCUAUAAAACCAAAAGUAUCCUGUUCUGUGGCAGAGUUUCCUCUCCUUAAAGAGAUGCAGUCACUAUCCCCAGAACAUUUUCUCUUUUGCUACUUCCCUGACCCUCUCUUCCUAAGAUCCAUAAAAAUGCUAUCUGUGUGCAUGCAAGCCAUAGUAACCUUAGGUAGGAAACAAAAAUAUGUAAAACACUUUAUUGUGAAACUUUGCAUAUGGACUAUGUAACCUUGUAAAUUUUCAUCCUGACAGGCACUAGGGAUAAGGUUAGGAGUGUGAACAUUUAGAAUGUAAGAGGAAAAGCCUGUACUGGUGUGACCUGGGUAGGAGGGUCUAAGUCUAUCAAAUAGUCUCUCUUCUUUGUUAUGUUCUUACAUCUUUAGUAUAAGUAGAGGGAAUUAGUCAAUGAUGUUCAUUGAGUCCUUGUAGG